AAUUGAAUUGAACGAUCAUCUCUGCUAUGGCUGCCCUCGCUGCUCUACUUCCACUACCCGCGUAUGCCCCAGUUGUUUCAGAUGAUGAAGAAGAAGUUCCUCAGCCUGCUCCGUCUCAAUCUGUGAUCACUCGUACACCAAUACCGCCAUACGGCCAACGAGUGGGAUGGAAGCCGCUAAAAUCAGAGGACUUCGGAGAUGGUGGUUCAUAUCCCGAAUGUCAUGUUGCACAAUAUCCAUUAGACCUCGGGCGGAAGAAGACGGCCGCAGGCAAUACUCUUGCUCUUCAAGUCGAUAGCGAAGGCAAUGUUCGUUAUGACGUUAUUGCUCACCAAGGCCAACGUUCUGGCAAAUAUAUUCAGUCCCAAUUCAAAGACCUUGUCCCUAUCGCUCAUCGAAAAGACCUCACGGAUGAACAGCGGACGAUGGAGCGCCCUUCUGAGGAGGAAGUUCAAGCCACUGCGGAUAAAACCCGGGCCGCUCUUGAGCAACUUGUUUCCGGAAAGAUCAAGGCUGCACAACCGAAGCAUGUCCCGGAUGCGCAGGGGAAGACGACAUAUAUACGAUACACACCCGGCCAGCAGAACGGGGGUGACAAUGGCGCGCUUAAGCAGAGGAUUAUCAAAAUGUCAGAGGUUGUGGAAGAUCCGAUGGAGCCGCCGAGGUUUAAGCAUAAGAAGAUCCCCAGGGGACCACCCAGUCCGCCCCCUCCUGUACUGCGGAGUCCACCAAGGAAGGCGACGGCGGCAGAGCAGAAGGAGUGGAUGAUCCCACCGUGUAUAUCCAAUUGGAAGAACAACAAAGGUUUUACUAUCCCACUCGAUAAACGGUUGGCUGCAGACGGUCGGGGUCUUCAAGAUGUUCACAUCAACGAUAAUUUUGCCAAGUUCUCAGAAGCAUUGUUUGUCGCAGACAGGCAUGCUCGUGAAGAAGUUCGGCAACGUGCACUCAUGCAGCAAAAGCUUGCACAAAAAGAGAAAGAAUCCAAAGAGGAAAACCUCCGCAUGCUUGCACAGCGCGCCCGCCAAGAGCGCAGUGGUGUUGCACCUUCCCGACCAACGGCAGAAUCUCGGGCUGCAGUCACGUCAACUCUUGCUGGCUAUGGCAGCGGCAGUGAAUCUUCUGCAUCGGACGCUGAACCGGAAGAUUCAGAAGAACAGGAAGCUCGCAAACUCCGCGACGAAAUGCGUGCCGAGAAACGUCGUGAACGCGAACGCGAAAUGCGGAUGUCGAACAUGGGCGCCGAGCAGCGUGCCAAGAUGCUUGCACGGCAACAAAAUCGUGAUAUCUCAGAGAAAAUUGCGCUCGGUCUUGCCAAGCCGACCAUGUCGAAAGAGAGCAUGCUGGAUUCAAGGCUGUUCAACCAGGAGUCGCUCAGUGGUUCGUUUGCAGAUGAAGACAACUACAACUUGUACGAUCGGCCGUUGUUCCACGGCUCGACAGCGGCAGCGGCGAUAUACAAGGCUAGGGGUAAUAUUGCAGAAGGCAACGACGACUCAUUCGGUGGUGGGACCGAGGAAGGUAUCGGUAAGGCUCUCGACAACGAUCGAUUUGGUCUUGGGAAGGCACGUGUUGGGUUUGAGGGAGCUGAGGAUCAAGAAGUCCGUGAAGGACCUGUACAAUUUGAGAAGGAUACAGGGGACGUCUUCGGUCUGGAUAAAUUCUUGGAUGAGGCAAAGUCUGGGAAAAAACGAGGUCUUGACACCGAUGUUGGUGGGUCGCGGAAACGACAACAACUGGAAAAGGCGUCCGACUUUUAGGCACUUGUAUUCUAUCGUUGUUAUUCUAUGUAUCCUAGUAUUCGCGGUUUGCUUCGCAGUUUGCAUGGAUCGUGCAUUUAUAUAUUCAUUUCUCUUCCAUUAUAACUUAAAAUCUAUUAUCG